CUCCCGGCGGAGGCGGCCGCGGCCUGGGCAGGGGCCGGGGGAGCGGCGCGGCGCGGCGGGAAAUGGCGGCCGGGCCGGCCUGAGCUGAGGGGACCGAGCUGCACCAUGAGGCUGCUGCGAGCCCUUCUGCGCUGCGCUGCCCCGGGCAGCGCCUCCCCGGGCAACAUCCCGCAGCAGGUGGACUUCUACUCACGCUUCUCCCCUUCGCCGCUCUCCAUGAAGCAGUUUCUGGACUUCGGAUCUGAAAAUGCCUGUGAAAAGACUUCAUUUAUGUUUCUGCGACAAGAGUUGCCUGUGAGAUUGGCAAACAUAAUGAAGGAAAUAAGCUUGCUUCCAGACAACCUCCUAAGAACACCUUCAGUUCAGCUGGUGCAGAGCUGGUAUGUCCAAAGUCUUCAGGAGAUUCUUGACUUUAAGGACAAAAGCUCAGAAGAUUCAGGGACUAUUCAGAGUUUUACAGAUACUGUGAUAAAAAUCCGGAAUCGGCACAAUGAUGUAAUUCCUACGAUGGCUCAAGGAGUGAUAGAGUACAAGGAAAGCUUUGGCAUUGAUCCAGUGACCUCACAGAACGUGCAGUAUUUUUUAGACCGCUUCUACAUGAGUCGCAUUUCAAUCAGAAUGCUCUUAAAUCAACACUCUUUACUGUUUGGUGGGAAAAUUAAUCCAGCUCAUCCAAAACACAUUGGAAGCAUUGAUCCUAACUGCAAUGUUGUUGAAGUUAUUAGAGAUGGCUAUGAAAAUGCAAAGAGACUUUGUGAUUUAUAUUAUAUGAGCUCUCCAGAACUUAUCCUUGAAGAGUUGAAUGUUAAAUCACCAGGACAGCCCAUGCAAGUGGUGUAUGUGCCAUCACAUCUCUAUCACAUGGUUUUUGAACUUUUCAAGAAUGCAAUGAGAGCCACCAUGGAACAUAAUGCUGAUCACUGCAUUUAUCCUGCAAUUCAUGUACACAUCACAUUGGGAAAUGAGGAUUUAACUGUGAAGAUGAGUGACCGUGGUGGUGGUGUUCCUAUGAGGAAAAUUGACAGACUGUUCAACUAUAUGUAUUCAACAGCACCACGUCCUCGUGUUGAGACAUCACGAGCUACACCUUUGGCUGGAUUUGGUUAUGGCUUACCCAUAUCACGUCUGUAUGCACAGUACUUCCAAGGAGACCUGAAACUCUAUUCCUUAGAAGGCUACGGUACAGAUGCAGUUAUUUACAUCAAGGCCUUAUCAACAGAAUCAAUUGAAAGACUCCCUGUAUACAACAAAGCAGCCUGGAAACAUUAUAAAGCAAACCAUGAAGCUGAUGAUUGGUGUGUGCCAAGCAGUGAGCCAAAGGACAUGACCACUUUUCGCAGUAUGUAGCUUUUUCCUCAGCAGCUCCUAAGAAGUAGGUUUGUCUGCAAAGGGAAUUUAGAAGACCUGAUUUAUACCAAGACAUUGAUCCACUUUUGAUACAUGAAAGUAAUUUUAAGUGGUGUAACAGAAAGCUUAGUGUAAUUAGGCUUUUCUGAAAUUAAAAAAGCAACAGCCACCAAAACCCCCAAACCUGCAUUUAUAAGGAAAGGUCAUACUUAAUAUUCUUUUUUUUAUGACUGCUCUAAGAGCCAAGUCAAAGGAGCGGUAUUUUUGUUUUUAUAGGGAUCAGUGCAACAGCUAUUACGUCUGGUAUUAAUUUGUACAAUUACAAAACAAGUUUAUUAGAAAAACUAUUGAAAAAGCUCACUGAAACAUUCUUCCAUUAUACGAUUCUACAGAUUAAUGAAAAACUCGUGUAAGAAAUACUGAGCUCAUUGCUAUGCCUUUGCAACUGUAUGGCACUUUCUUUUACCUUAAGCAUGCUGAAGCUUAAUUUUGUGAAGUUAGAUAUGUUGCCUACAUCAAGGGUUUUUUUCAGCUGUAGAAAUCACACCUCUGUAAGGAAAAAAAACGUAAAAAGCUACUACUGGUAUAAUGUAUCUCAGGUAUGUGGCAUCAAUUGUAUUUCUUUGGUUGUAAUGUGAAUAUAUAAUAGAUGUGAAAUAUAUAUCUUGCCCUUAUCAUUGUGAAUUUAAAAAUAGCACUGGCUUGUGUACAGUAGAGAAAUGUUGUCUUGCAUUUGCCUGUAUUUCUGUAGGUCAUACCAAAAUGCAGUAUCAACAUUUUAGCCUUUGUAAGAUCUCAGACUUGGGUAUGUCAGGUUCAGCUGUAAAUGGAAACUAUUUUAAUAAACAGAUUAUUAAAAUUUGUCUGUAAUAGGGCAUCUCUAUUACUUUGACAGUAUAAACUACCUUCUCAGGAGUAAGUGGAACUAACAGUUUUUGAAAAUACCUUUGAAUUUGUGAUAAGUUUCUGGCCUCAUUUUUGUAGUAACUGGAAGUCACACUAUAACAUAAACAUGAUAACCAGAAUAUAUUAAUCAGUCAAAGACAGAACAUAGAGGGAAAGAUAGAGAGUGGAAUGAAUCUUGUAUUUCAGAUACAGAGUCCUUAAAGAAUUCAACUUAAUGCCUACUGUAUGUGCUUUGUUCAAAUCACAUGCAAUCCAUGUUGCACCUUGAUCCCUGUAAUUCCUGAAAAUUUUUGGAGUGAUGCAGUUAAAGCCAUUGAAAACUAAUCCUAUUCUCAGUUAAUUAAACUGCAUGUAAUUCUGUGGGUUUUAUUCUGCAGCAGACAAGCAUAAUCCCUCUCAGAAACAAUAAACCUAGCUUUUGCUAGUUUACUAUCUCUGUGCAGAGAAGGUGAGAUACUACAAAUGAAGGGGAUGGUUGGGAUGUUGGAAAUUAAAGUCAUGCUACUCUAGCUGUAGCUGAAUCAGAUUCAAGAUUGAUCACUUGCUACCUCCCUAGCCAAGUUCUGCAAAACAAUGAAAUGGUUUUAAAGCCUGGUUAAGAUAAUAUAGAUAACUUUAAUAAUAGAAGUGCAUUACAGACUAGGCUGUAUACACAGUUAAACGUGACAGUCUGAAGGAGGAUUAUUUUAUCUUCAUUGCCACCAGAACAGUAGGGUUACCUAUACAACUCAAGCUUGUGGGCACCUUUGAGGUCCCUAUUUUUUUUUCUUACAAGGAUGCAAGGUGGUAACUGGCACACCUCUCAAUCUUCAUGGCUCCAGGUGUUCUCUUCCUUUGGCCCUGCAAGAGGACAUGAGAAAUGCCACAUUGUGUAAAAUGGGGCCUGUACAAAUGUUGGGAUGGACACUUGCAGCUAUUGCUUUUGCUAAACUAAAGCUGAAAGUUACAGCAAGGGUUUUUAAAAACUCAGGUCUAAAGCUGAGCAUUCUAGCCUUUAAAUCUUUUAACUAACUCAAUUAAUUUUAGUAAUCGGUAUUUCUGAAGAAAAGCUAACGGUUUGUUUUCUACAAAGUCUAUUAAGUAUUUUAGAUAUUACUGUAAUGAAGUCUCAUGUUCUCAGCUAAAUUGAAUUCUGAUUACUAGAGCAACUUGCUCUAUGAUUAUAUUUGUAGUUAUCUACUCACCUGCCACCCCAAAUGAUUGUGGUGAAAACACAAAUGCACAGUGUUCUGAUUUACAAUAUUUAAUCCUAGUUAAAAAUUUGAUCUUUAAUAACUUUUGGUUUAAAUAGAAGUGCAGAAGGCAAGUUUUGUGUUUAGAAUUUUCAUUACUAUACUGAAGUAAUUGUGAACACACUGGUCAAGUUGAAGGGAAUCACUACAGAAAAGUAGUAUACUAUCAAAAUGCUGAGAUUAAUAGUUUUGUAUGCAAAUUAGCUCAGUCUUGCACUAUAAAAUUAAUCUUGGUUUGUGUUAAUUUUUUGAAAGAAUUGCUGCAUUUAUUCAUUAAAACUGUUGUAAAAAAUGAAA